AUGAAGCUCCGAAACAUAUUCCGCCUCAUGGCCCUGCUGGUCGGCGCUGGUGCCGUCGACGCUGCGUUAUACCGCCGAGACUACGACGCCCUCGACUACUUUGCUGUCCAUCUACACUCCUCCGUCUCGCCAGCCCAGGUAGAAGAGUUACUAGGAGCUAGACAUGAAGGCCAGAUAGGAGAGCUGGACGGGCAUCACACGUUUUCCAUAAAAAAGGACAGAGGUGUAGACCUGGACGGGAUACUCGAAGAUCUCAAGAGAAGGUCUCUUCGGCGGAGAUCGUUGGAAGUCCGUGGCGAGCCUGCCGGGACAGAUGGACUGGACGGGAUACUAUGGUCAGAAAAGCUGGUCCCGAGGAAACGACUCCAUAAACGAGUGCCUCCGCCGCCGCUCGAGCUCAGUCAACGUAUACCUGAAAAGACUCCAAACCCUGCAGCCCAGUCGAGGCAGGGUGAGAUUGCAAACGCCCUAGCCAUACGAGACCCCUUGUUCAAGGAGCAAUGGCAUCUGUUCAACGCGUUUACGCCCGGAAACGAUCUCAAUGUAACGGGUUUGUGGCUGGAAGGUAUUACUGGGAAAGGGUCGAUUUCAGCCAUUGUUGACGAUGGCUUGGAUAUGUACAGCAAUGAUCUUAAGGAUAACUACUUUGCGAAAGGCUCCUACGACUUUAACGAGAUGAAAGCGGAACCUCGACCUAUGCUCGAUGAUGAUAAACAUGGCACUAGAUGUGCCGGCGAGGUUGCAGCAGUUCACAAUAAUGCCUGCGGCGUGGGUGUUGCAUACGAUAGCAAAGUUGCUGGAAUUCGCAUCCUGUCGAAGUAUAUCAAUGAUGCAGAUGAAGCCGAAGCCGUCAACUAUGGAUUCCAGGACAACCAGAUCUAUUCCUGCUCAUGGGGCCCAAUUGACGAUGGCAUGACCAUGGAUGCACCGGGUCUCUUGGUCCGUCGAGCGAUUGCCAAUGGUGUUCAAAAGGGCCGUGGCGGCAAGGGCUCCGUUUUUGUCUUUGCUGCCGGAAAUGGAGCAGGCCACGAUGACAACUGCAACUUUGACGGUUACACUAACAGUAUCUUCAGCAUUACCGUGGGCUCUGUUGACUGGAACAAUCAGCACCCCUACUAUUCCGAAUCAUGCUCCGCGCAGCUGGUCGUGACGUACAGCAGUGGAAGCGGUGGUUAUAUCCAUACUACCGAUGUUGGAGCCGAUACUUGUUCAGGCUCCCAUGGAGGAACGUCCGCAGCCGGUCCCUUGGUUGUUGGUGUCAUGGCCCUUGCUCUGCAGGUUCGCCCAGAAUUGACCUGGCGUGACCUACAGUACAUCCUUGUUGAAACUGCCGUUCCUCUAAACGAAACCUCCGAUGGAUGGCAAACUACGAGCAUUGGAAAGAAGUUCAGCCACGAUUUCGGUUAUGGCAAGGUCGAUGCAUAUUCCACCGUUCACCUGGCCAAAACGUGGAAACUCGUCAAGCCCCAAGCUUGGUUCCACUCGCCGUGGUUGAAGGUCUACCACAACAUUCCUCAGGGCGAAAAGGGAGUGUCUACUGCUUUUGAUAUAUCUCCCGAGAUGCUCAAGGCACAUAACUUGGAGAGAGUUGAGCAUGUUACCGUCACGAUGAACGUCAACCAUACACGCCGUGGUGAUCUCAGCGUCGAGCUUCGCAGCCCAAGUGGUGUAAUCAGCUACCUUAGUACCGCUCGAGCUCAAGAUUCUGAAAGAGCCGGAUAUGUCGACUGGACCUUCAUGUCUGUUGCUCAUUGGGGUGAAAAAGGAACAGGAGUCUGGACCGUCAUUGUCAAGGAUACCGUUGUUAAUGAUCACAAUGGAACAUUCCUUGACUGGCGACUUACACUAUGGGGAGAGUCUAUUGAUCCCAAAAUUCAAAAACUACACCCUCUGCCUGACGCUCAUGACCAUGACCAUGAUACCGCCAUUCCAGCACCGCACGUCGGCACCGCCUCCGUUCAGCCAGGACCGACUAAGACCAGCCCUCCCUUCCGCCCUACCGACCACAUCGACCGACCAGCUCGGCCAAAACCAACAAGCUCCAAGAAACCAACUCCUACUACCACUACCACUGCCACUAACACUUCCACUGCCACUGCCGCAUCCGCACCAUCGACCGGAGCAUCAGGAGAAAACUUCCUUCCUUCUCCUUUCCCAACCUUCGGUGUAUCAAAGUACACCCAGAUCUGGAUCUACGGCUCUAUUGCCCUGAUAAUCGUCUUCUGCACUGCACUAGGCGUAUACUUCUGGAUUCAGCGUCGCAAACGCCUACGCAACGACCGCAAUGAAUAUGAAUUCGAAAUGGUAGCAGAAGAAGAUGAAGGCUUCCCACUCAGCGGUGCUGGUGCUAGAGGCAAAAAGAGCACUCGUCGCGGAGGAGAGCUGUACGAUGCAUUCGCUGGCGAUAGCGAUGAUGAAGACCCUCUGUUCAGCAGCGAGGAGGAUGAUUCGAACGAAUAUGCCGAUGCAGCUGAAGAUGACGACUCUUACCAUGAUGAAGGACCAGAAGUCACUCCUCCCGAGUCUACCACUAAGUCAUGA